AUGGACCUAAGGGAAUUUUACCUGUUGGCUGCUCUUAUUGCCUGCUUAAGGCUGGAUUCUGCAAUCGCCCAAGAACUUAUUUACACUAUAAGAGAGGAACUGCCUGAAAAUGUACCGAUUGGAAACAUACCAAAGGACUUGAAUAUCUCACAUAUCAAUGCUGCAACUGGAACCAGUAACAGCCUGGUCUACAGAUUAGUUUCUAAAGCUGGCGACUCUCCUUUGGUCAAGGUGUCAAGCACUACUGGGGAGAUCUUCACCACCUCCACCAGAAUAGACCGAGAAAAACUCUGUGCUGGAUCAUCUUACUCUGAGGAAAAUGAAUGUUUCUUUGAACUUGAAGUAGUCAUCCUUCCCAAUGACUUUUUCAGGCUUAUUAAGAUUAAAAUAAUUGUCACAGAUACCAAUGAUAAUGCUCCUAUGUUUCCUUCAACUGUGAUCAACGUUUCUAUUCCAGAAAACACACUUAUAAACAGCCGGUUCCCAAUUCCAUCAGCAGUGGACCCUGACACAGGUUUCAAUGGAGUUCAGCACUAUGGGCUUUUAAAUGGACAGAAUGUCUUUGGACUGGACAUUGUCGAGACACCAGAAGGGGAGAAAUGGCCACAGCUCAUAGUGCAGCAGGUCUUGGACAGAGAGCAUAAAGACACUUAUGUGAUGAAAAUCAAAGUGGAGGAUGGUGGAAACCCUCAGAAAUCCAGCACUGCUAUCCUGCAAGUCAUAGUAAGUGAUGUGAAUGACAACAAACCAGUGUUCAAAGAAAGUCAGAUAGAAGUUCAUAUCCCUGAGAACGCUCCCAUAGGGACCUCUGUAGUGCAGUUGCAUGCAACAGAUGCAGACAUAGGAAGCAAUGCCGAGGUCAAAUAUAUCUAUGGUGCCCAAGUGACAUCUGCUACCAAAAGACUUUUUGCUUUAAAUAAUACUACUGGAUUAAUUACAGUACAGAGACCGCUGGACAGGGAAGAUACUGCAUUUCACAAGUUAACUGUUCUAGCCACAGAUGGCAGCUCCACACCUGCAAGGGCAACCGUGACUAUUAAUGUGACUGAUGUGAAUGACAACCCACCUAAUAUUGAUCUCAGGUAUAUUAUAAGCCCUAUUAAUGGUACAGUGUAUUUAUCAGAGAAAGACCCUAUAAACACAAAGAUAGCCCUGAUCACAGUGUCUGAUAAAGACACGGAUGUCAACAGCAAGGUCAUUUGUUUCAUUGAAAGAGAAGUACCUUUUCACCUAAAAGCCGUCUAUGAUAACCAGUAUUUGCUAGAAACUUCUUCCUUGUUGGACUAUGAGGGCACCAAAGAAUUCAGUUUUAAGAUAGUUGCCGCAGACACUGGAAAGCCAAGCCUCAACCAGACAGCCUUGGUGAGAGUGGAAUUGGAGGAUGAGAAUGACAACCCACCAAUUUUUACCCAACCCGUAAUUGAGCUAUCAGUGUCUGAAAACAACCGCAGAGGUCUCUACUUAACCACUAUCAGUGCCACAGAUGAAGAUAGUGGGAAGAAUGCAGACAUCGUUUAUCAGCUUGGCCCCAAUGCUUCUUUUUUUGAUCUGGACCGCAAGACAGGAGUUUUGACAGCCUCAAGAGUUUUUGACAGAGAGGAGCAAGAACGUUUUAUUUUUACUGUCACAGCCAGAGACAAUGGCACUCCUCCACUGCAGAGCCAAGCAGCUGUGAUAGUGACUGUACUGGAUGAGAAUGACAACAGUCCCAAGUUUACACAUAACCACUUUCAGUUCUUUGUAUCCGAGAACCUUCCAAAAUACAGCACAGUGGGUGUUAUUACAGCAACAGAUUCAGAUGCAGGAGAGAACAAAGCUGUAACACUUUCAAUACUUAACGACAAUGAAAAUUUUGUCCUUGAUCCAUAUUCUGGCUUGAUUAAGUCCAAUGUGUCCUUUGACAGAGAGCAACAAGGUUCAUACACAUUUGAUGUCAAAGCUGUAGAUGGAGGGCAGAAUCCACGCUCUUCUACUGCAAAAGUAACAAUCAAUAUAAUGGAUGCUAAUGAUAAUAGCCCUGUAGUUAUCUCCCCUUCAUCCAAUACAUCAUUUAAGCUGGUGCCUCUAUCAGCCAUUCCUGGCUCGGUUGUUGCAGAAGUUUUUGCUGUGGAUGUUGACACUGGGAUGAAUGCCGAACUGAAAUACACAAUUGUCAGUGGAAAUAACAAAGGUCUGUUUCGAAUAGACCCUGUAACAGGCAAUAUUACUUUAGAAGAGAAACCAUCUGCAGCAGAUGUGGGCCUGCACCGCCUAGUGGUAAAUAUCAGUGACUUAGGAUACCCUAAGCCUUUGCACACACUGGUACUGGUGUUCUUAUAUGUCAAUGAGACGGCUGGGAACGCUUCCUACAUCCAUGAUUUAAUUCGCAGGACUAUGGAAACUCCGUUAGACAGAAACAUUGGAGACAGCAGUCAACCCUACCAAAAUGAGGAUUAUCUUACUAUUAUGAUUGCCAUUGUGGCAGGUGCCAUGGUGGUUAUCGUCGUCAUUUUUGUGACAGUUCUGGUUCGGUGUCGGCAUGCAUCAAGAUUUAAAGCUGCCCAGAGGAGCAAACAAGGGGCAGAGUGGAUGUCACCAAACCAGGAAAGCAAGCAGAAUAAGAAAAAGAAAAGGAAGAAACGAAAAUCUCCUAAAAGUUCUCUGCUGAAUUUUGUCACCAUUGAGGAAUCUAAACCUGAUGACACUGUACAUGAACCUAUCAACGGGACUAUUAGUCUUCCAGCUGAGCUGGAGGAACAAGGGAUUGGACGCUUUGAUUGGGGCACUGCUCCCCCAACCACCUUCAAACCUAACAGCCCUGACCUAGCUAAGCAUUACAAGUCUGCCUCUCCGCAGUCUGCUUUUCAUCUUAAAGCAGAUACUCCAGUGUCAGUGAAAAAACAUCAUGUCAUUCAGGAACUCCCUUUGGACAACACCUUUGUUGGGGGCUGUGACACCCUCUCCAAACGCUCUUCCACUAGUUCAGAUCACUUCAGUGCCUCAGAGUGCAGCUCCCAGGGAGGCUUCAAGACAAAAGGUCCUUUACACACCAGACAGGUA